CUGUGCCCCAGCUUGACGGGGGCAUCUCUUCUUCAAGCCUGCUUGAAGGACUCCACGGCCUCACCUAGCCGCCGCAAGUUCCUCGUGGAAACCGAUCAUGUUCCUCCCGUGGCCACCCCGAGAUCGCGUCGUGUGUCACAGGAAGGACCAUGAUCGAGCUCGCCCUGCAGAGCUCUGGCCUGUUGAAUGCGGUUGCGAACGAGGCGCUCUGUGACGAGGGCUCUGCCGGUGAUGGGCCUCGGGAACCCGUUCGAGAUUCCAGCGGGACAGUUAGUGGAGCACAGCGGCGAACGCCUCUUGCAGAUCGCCGAGGAUACACAAAUGGAAGAAGCAUGGUGGAAACUCUCUCUCGCCGCCCAACUCAGCACCAGGGCCGAAUGACCUUGGCCUGGAAGGGCACUAUGCGCCUUCGAGCCGACAACCGAGAGAGCCAAGCCAGCCAGCGAGUGGCUCACUUCAUGAAAGCGCUUGCUCGGCACGGAAAGAAGUUGGACCGUCUUGUAGUGCUCUUCGGCUCUGACCGAUACUAUGAGAGAAGUACCCACGCCCCGCCGUCAGCGAAUCCAUUCCAUCGCUCCAACAACAGUCGUUCAUACCGUUCUUCGGCGACCGUUCAACAACAUGGACAAGACGUGGCACACGCACCCUACCCGGGGGGUGCGGGAGGAGAGGUGGAUGCAGAUGGAUGUGUAGAGGAGGAAGAAGAGGUGGCCUUCGACAUGAAAGGCCAGGGGCACGUCUGCACCAUGGGUGUGUUCAGCGGCGUGUGGCCACAUCCCGUGGUGCGGACGUCCCCUACUUGAUCGGCCGUGGAGGCAGGACGUUCACCGCGAAGAUCGAGCAGCACGGGCUUGGUUUUCGGCCGAUCAUCUGUCUUUCGUUUGGCGACAAUCACAGCAUGAGCAAGACCUGCAAGGACUUUGAUUUCGAUCCGGCAAACAUAAGCACCACCUCCCAGUCCGAUGAAAACUCUAGCAGCACCCCGAGUAGCGACACGACCGACGCCUCCGAUUUGUCGUCCCCUCCUCCGCAACCCUUCGUGUCGUGGACAGAGACCCCGAGACAUUCUGUAGCCUCUCAAUGGAUUCUUGAUUUUCUCUUUAUACA